AUGGAAAGAUUGGGUAGACUGUUCGCCUUGUUAGAGGAGAAAGGUAUCAAGCUGAAUCUGACUAAGUGCGACUUGGUGAAGCAGGAGGUGAAAUUUCUAGGUCACCGAGUUUCUAAGGAUGGAAGUACUCCUGAUCAGAAAAAUCUAGAAGCAAUUAGAGAACAAGCUCCACCUAAAAAUGUCAAGCAAGUUAGGAGAUUUAUUGGCAUGUGUGGGUUUUAUCGGAAAUUUGUACCCAAUUUUUCAAAGAUAGCCAUGCCUCUCACAAAUCUCAUGAAAGGGGAUGUAAAGUUCAGUUGGACGGAUGAAUGUCAGGUUGCAUUCGAGGCUCUCAAAACAAAACUUAUGUCAACGCCCAUUUUGGCUAGUUAUCAACCUGAACUUCCUCUGGUCUUAGUCACAGAUGCUAGCGAUGAGUGCGUAGGAGCGGUACUGCACCAAGUUCAACCUGAUAAAAGUGUCCGACCUCUAGGUUACUAUUCUAAGAAGAUCAGGCGAAAGAUUGCUAAGGCAACCCUUGAUCAGUUUGAAAUUCUGGAUGGUGUGUUGCACUAUGUUAGAGAGACCAAAGAUGGCAGUCUAAAUUACACUGUAGUAGUACCCCGACACCUAGUCAGAAAGGCACUAGAAGUUGCUCAUGAUCAAUCAGGACAUUUUGGGCAGUUCAAAUCCAUCAAGCAGGCAGAAAAGGGUUGUUUUAUUGGCCUACUAUUAAGUCGGAUGUAA